AUGAAGCUCUCCGUCCUAUCGAUACUUGCCCUGCCACUCCUGGCCCUCGCCGAGAUACCACCGCCAAAAGCCCCAGUGACACUAAACAUCACUGCUCUCACGGCAGAGAAGGGCCAGUCGACACUGGAAUGCUGGUCCCUCGAGCGUACCUUUGAUGUUUCUGACGAGCCAGGCACAAAGGGAGCAGCGAUUCUCCCUCUAGACGGACUCAUGGGAGAUGCAAAGUACAGUGUCCUACCACCGAAGUUCGAUGGCGGGUUGCAUAAUGCGCCCACUGUUCAGUGGGUUGUCUUCGUCUCUGGCCUGGCGCAUAUCACUCUUCCUAACAGGACGGAAGAAGCGUGGGUACGGGGAGGAGUGAACGGAGCUAUCAUAGCAGCUGAUACGGCGGAUGUUAGUGAAAAGGGCCAUUCCACUGUAUACCCAAGCAAUGUGCAGACGGUUUCCUGGCAGAUUCCUCUCCGGGAUGGGGUUCUUCCGAAGCAUCGUGUGCUGCAUCGGGGAGCGUGCAAGCAGGAUGAAGGGUGGAAUUGA